GGACUCGCACGGUUUAUCUUGUUGGGCGCAAGUUUCAGAAACUUUCGGUUCAUGCGGUUUGUGCUGCGCUCCCAGCAGUGAGAGGCAUGCGAGGGGUCCGGGUUGGAUCAGGCAGGGUGUGCUGGUAGAGCUGGAGUUCACGCUUCUGGUGCUUUCCCUCCCUUCAUCUGGAAUUUGGCUGCGCUAAGGGAUUAAGGCGAUCCACGUUUAGUAAAUGUCGCGGUGCGGCCGGCCGUCUUUGGGAAUGCUACUUCUGCUGCUUGUCCCGGUUGUACUGGGAGUUACGGGCUUGGUGGAGGGUAUGAGGACAGAUCCCUGCCCGGUUCACUGUCGUUGCCUCGGGGAUCUAUUGGACUGCAGCCGUGGGGACCUGGAGCACGUACCGGAGAACCUCCCGGGAUGGCUUGUGCAGCUGGACUUGAGCCAUAAUAAACUAUCUUCAAUCAAAGCCAGCUCCUUGAGCCACCUCCACAAUCUUCGAGAACUGCGACUAAAUCGUAACGAGCUAAGAAUCAUCCCUGAUCUAGGUCCUCUGUCUGCAAAUAUAACUCUAUUAUCACUAACAAACAACAAGAUUGAUGUAAUUCUGCCUGAGCACUUGAAGCCGUACCAGUCCUUAGAAACCCUGGAUUUGAGUAACAAUCUUAUUACUGAGCUAAAAACGGCUUCCUUCCCUGCACUUAAGCUCAAAUACUUGUAUAUAAACCGAAAUCUCAUUAAAUCCAUGGAGUCUGGCACAUUUGAUAAUUUAUCUCCUACAUUACAAGUCUUGAAACUCAAUAAGAACCGUAUCAGCCAUAUACCUCCAAAGAUGUUCAAGCUGUCUAAUUUACAACACCUAGAGCUAAAUCGGAACCGGAUGCGGAGUAUUGAUGGGCUAGCUUUCCAAGGCCUCAGUGCCCUGAAAUCUUUGGCUAUACAGAGGAAUGGAAUCACAAGGCUAAUGGAUGGAGCUUUCUGGGGCCUAAGUAAUAUGGAAGUCCUGCAGCUGGACCAUAACAACCUCACAGAGAUUAGUAGAGGGUGGUUGUAUGGUUUGCUUAUGUUGCAGCACCUCCAUCUUGGCCAGAAUGCCAUCAACAAGAUCAGCCCUGAUGCCUGGGAGUUUUGCCAAAAACUUAGUGAGCUAGAUUUAACCUACAAUCAGCUGACAAGAUUAGAAGAGUCCAGUUUUAUGGGCUUGAGUCUGCUUGGUCAGCUACUAAUAGGAAACAACCAGAUUAGUUAUAUUGCUGAUGGUGCUUUUCACGGACUUUCCAGCCUUAGCAUAUUGGAUCUCAAAUAUAAUGAAAUUUCAUGGACAAUUGAAGACAUGAAUGGUGCCUUUUCUGGACUUGAAAGGCUUAAAAAAUUGAUGCUUCAAAGUAAUAGGAUAAGGUCGAUCACCAAAAAGGCAUUUUCUUGGCUGGAUGGACUUGAGUACUUAGACCUGAGUAACAACGCUAUUGUAUCAAUGCAGGGAAAUGCAUUUUCUCACAUGAAAAAGCUUCAAAAGCUACAUUUGAACACUUCAAGUCUUUUGUGCGAUUGUCAAUUGAAAUGGCUUCCUCAGUGGUUGGCAGAAAAUAACUUUCAGCCAUUUGUGAAUGCAAGCUGUGCGCAUCCACAGGGACUCAAGGGCAGGAGUAUCUUCUCUGUCAGCCUCGAGGGGUUUGUUUGUGAUGAUUUUCCAAAACCCCAGAUCACCGUGCAGCCAGAAACUCAGUCUGCAAUUAAAGGUUCCAAUGUGACUUUUAUCUGCUCAGCAGCCAGUAGUAGCGAUUCCCCAAUGUCCUUUGCAUGGAAAAAAGACAAUGAGCUUUUGAAUGAUGCUGAUAUUGAAAACUAUGCUCACAUGAGGACGCAAGGUGGAGAGGUGAUGGAGUACACUACAAUUUUGAAGCUUCAGAAUGUGGAGUUUACCAGUGAAGGAAAAUAUCAGUGUGUCAUUUCCAACCAUUUUGGUACUUCAUACUCCGUCAAAGCCAAGCUUACAGUGAAUAUGCUUCCUUCAUUCACAAAGACCCCAAUAGAUCUCACCAUUCGUGCUGGCUCAACUGCUCGAUUAGAAUGUGCUGCAGUUGGCCACCCAGUACCACAGAUAGCAUGGCAAAAAAACGGUGGAACUGACUUUCCAGCGGCUCGUGAGCGCAGAAUGCAUGUGAUGCCAGAAGAUGACGUGUUUUUUAUUGUGAAUGUUAAAAUUGGUGACACCGGAGUAUACAGUUGUACUGCUCAGAACAGUGCAGGUAGCAUUUCAGCUAAUGCUACUUUGACUGUACUAGAAACUCCAUCUUUCGUGCGUCCAUUAGUGGACAGAACUGUUUCAAAAGGGGAAACUACAGUUUUACAAUGCAUCGCUGGUGGAAGCCCUGUACCAAAAGUGAACUGGACAAAGGACGAUAGUCCAUUAGUUAUAACAGAGAGGCACUUCUUUGCAGCUGGAAAUCAGCUUCUUAUCAUUGUGGAUACAGACUUUGAUGAUGCAGGAAAAUAUACAUGUGAAAUGUCCAAUAUACUUGGAACAGAAAGAGGGAAUAUCCAUCUGUCUGUUAUUCCUAACCCAACAUGUGAUUCUCCUGUGAAUGCCACACCGUCAGAGGAUGAUGGAUGGGCUACAGUUGGCGUGGUGAUCAUAGCAGUGGUUUGCUGUGUGGUGGGAACCUCCCUCGUGUGGGUGGUCAUUAUAUACCACACAAGAAGAAAAAACGAGGAUUGCAGCGUUACUAACACAGAUGAGACCAACCUACCUGUGGACACCCCGAGCUAUUUAUCUUCUCAAGGAACGCUGGCUGAAAGACAAGAUUGUUAUGUUACUUCCGAAAACGGAAGCCAUCAAUUCAUAUCAUCGAGUAGUUAUUUCUUACAGCAACGAGAUGGAAAUGGAGUCUGCCAUUUGGAUAAUGGAAGUGAGACUGAUUUGGAUGCUGCAUCAGAUCCACUAUUAUUUCACUACAUGGGGGCACCUGGACCUUUAUAUGUAAAAGGAAAUGUUUAUGACUGUGACCCAUGUGAAGCCUAUCAUUCCGGCUAUACCGUGGAUCAAAGAGCUCCAAGUACAAAUGCAUACGACUCAGAGUAUGCCCAGCGACAUGAAGAUUCUUUCAACAAGACCAGAUGUCAUGGACUGCAUCUUUUGGGCGAUAGAUUUGUUGGCGCAAUGUGCAGCCAGAAUGAAGAUGUUCAAAUAAAACCAGAUUCAGAUACUUGCCUGUGUGGCCAGAAAAAUACCUCUGAGCAGGCAAACACCAUGGCAUUCAGUUCAUAUAUGGGAACGUUUGGGAAAUCGUUGUGGAAACCCCAGCUCGAUUCAUUUCCAGGAUAUGUACAACCAAUGGUCUACCAGUUUUCAUCUCAGAAUACCUCAUUGGACAUAAAGCCAGGGACCGUUAACAGAGAUGAACAAAACAUGAUCCUUCCUGAUGAAACUGGAUUAUUAUUCCCAAAACAGUCUUUGGAAGGUUACAGGACUUCUGCAUUUCAUUGCUAUGAGUUGGACACAUAGCAAUAUGUUCUUUUUGUGAAACCAAAUACAUGAGUUUACAUUCUACCUCAUAUACCUUGCUACAAAAAAGACUGUUUAAUUGUGUAUGAAAUAUAGCUGCAACAGCUAUCGACAUAAAGUUGUAUGGGAUAUCUGAAGUUACCGGCAUGGAAAAUCCAUUCAUGUACACAUUUUUCUACUCGCUUUAGUUCUUUGUCUUGUUCAGAUGAGUAUUGUUUGUAAUUUAAAAUGUAAAUAGUAAUAAUUAUUUUUGUAUUUUUAUAUUGUCAGAAUUUCUAUGUGAAAGGAGUACUAAAGUAUACUGCUUAAAUUACAGAGCUCACGAUUGCCCUGAAUGUUGGCAUUUUUCAUUUGCACAAUAAGUGGAAUAAAAUAUUGCUGCCAAAUAAUA